UUUUUAAGUCACUAAUUCCACAAGGGCUUCACUGUGUUGUUUUUCUUGGCAGGAUCAAGCAAAGACCAACUGGUAGCUUGAGAGCAUGGGAUCCUGAAACAGCUUACCUCACCAGAUGUGAUUUUAACAACAACUCAAGACCAUUUUGUGACUGGACCCAGCCUUGCAAUCCCAACCAGGGAUUGUGGAUACGAACCAAGCAUGAUACUCCGACUGAUGGAACGGGUCCUGAUGGAGACUAUCCUGACGGAAAAGGCUAUUUCAUCUACCAAGAAGCAAGUAAUCUGAUCCCAUUUGACACUAACAGACUUGAGAGCCCACAUAUUAUAGUGUCUGAAAAAAUAUGCAUAGAUUUCUGGUACUAUAUGUUUGGGUCAGAAGAAAUGAAUGAGCUGAGAGUGCUUAUCCAAGACAGCAUGGGCGAGUCUGCAGUGUGGAGUCGGAAAGGAAGCCAGAAUUCCUUGUGGAACUAUGGUGCCAUCACUCAUAGUUUUCUAACAGAGAGAAAGAUAAAGGUAAUUUUUGAGGCUGUCCGAGGACUGACAGAGUAUGGGGAUACGGCACUGGACAAUGUGAGAGUAAGGGAUGGAUCCUGUGAAGCUGUCGCUACCCCUGUACCACCAACAACUGCACCAACAGAAUCUACACCAUCUUCAGUGACAGAAGCAAUUUGCAGUAUACAUGGGGAUCCUCACUAUGACACAUUUGACAAGCAGCUUCAUGACUUUAUGGGCACCUGCACUUACACCCUCUCCAAGCUGUGCGAGAGCAACAGUUCGCUGCCCUAUUUCAACAUAGAAGCAGCCAAUGAGCACAGGGGAGGCAACACUCGCGUGUCUUACAUCCAAUACGUGGAUGUUGAUGUGUAUGGCUACAGGAUUAAUCUGGGUAAAAACAGAGUUGUUAAGGUUAAUGCAGUCAGCCAGGUGCUCCCUCUGACCUUGGUGCAGGGUGUCAGUAUUUCCCUCAGUGGGCAGUAUGUGGUGGUUACUACUGACUUUGGGCUGAAUGUCAGGUUUGAUGGAAAUCACAGAGCACAAAUCACUAUUCCCAGUACCUAUAUGUCUAAAGUUUGUGGAAUAUGUGGAAAUUAUAAUGGGCACAAGGCAGAUGACUUCCUUAACCCAGAUGGAGAGAUGGAAACAAACUCAGCCAGCCUUGGCAACAGUUGGCAAGUUUACAAUGAUUCCAGGUGCUUGCCAGAUGAUGGUCAUACUCCAAGUUGCACUGCUGAUGAAGAACAUGUCAUCCAAAGCAAUGAAUAUUGUGGUCUGAUCACAGAUCCCAGUGGUCCAUUCCAGAAUUGCCACUCAGUAAUUGAUCCACAGAGUUAUUCUAAAGCCUGCCAGUAUGAUCUCUGUGAACUUCAUUUGAACAAUGCAGCCCUCUGCCAAAACCUGCAGGCUUAUGCAGACAUGUGCCAAUCUGCAGGAGUCCAGCUGACACCGUGGAGAAAUGCAACCUUCUGCCCAUUAGCCUGUCCAGUCAACAGUCACUACGAGCCAUGUGCUGCAGCCUGCCCUGCCACCUGUGUGGACCCAAUAGCACCAUACAGCUGCAACCUGCCGUGCCUGGAGGGCUGUGUGUGCGACAGCGGGUACCUGCUCUACAAUGACCAGUGCGUGGCCAGCCAGCAGUGUGGGUGCUGGCACAACGGGCAGCACUACCCCGUGGGCUCUGAGUUCUGGACAGACAACACCUGCUCGUCAAAGUGCACGUGUCCCGCGCGGGGAAGCAAAGUCCAGUGCUUUAACGCCUCAUGCCCUGCGGGCCAGUUCUGUGGGGUGCAGGAUGGGAGACCUGAGUGCCUCGAGCAAUCCUACGGCGUCUGCCAUGUCCAUGGUGACCCUCACUACAACACCUUUGACAAGGUGACGCACAACUUCAUGGGCAACUGCACCUACACCCUGGCCAAAGUGUGCUCCAACACCACCUCCCUGCCCUACUUCAACGUUGAGGCCAAGAACGAGCAUCGUGGGAACACCAGAGUGUCCUAUGUGCGCGAAGUCCUGGUUGAGGUGUACGGAGAGCGCAUUGCCAUUGUCAAGAAGGAGAAGAGCCAAGUGCUGGUGAACAAUGUGCGCCAGACCUUGCCGGUGAGUGCAGCGGGAGGUGCCAUCACGGUGAGCAGGAGUGGCCGCUACAUUGUCCUGGAGACAGACUUCGACCUCAGAGUGUCCUACGACACUGACCACUCGGUGGAGGUGAAGGUGCCCACCACCUACUUCAACCUGACCUGUGGCAUGUGUGGGAACUUCAACAACCGUAGGGAGGACGAUUACAUGAUGCCCAACGGGCAGCAAGCCGCAGACUCCAAUGAGCUGGGGGAGAGCUGGCAGGUCCCAGAGAGUGACUCACCUUGCGGUGUCCCCGACCCCUCCCCACCCUGCAGUGCAGAAGAGGAGAAGCUCUACGGAUCGGACCAGUUCUGUGGCAUGCUGACCGCCAGUCCUGGCUCUUUUGAGAAGUGCCACGCUGUGAUCAACCCGCAGAGCUACUUUGAGACCUGCUUCUAUGACCUGUGUGCCCUGAAUGGUGGCCAGGAGGUGCUGUGUGCUGCUCUGGAGGCCUACGCUGACGCCUGCCAAGCAGCCGGUGUGACUCUUCUUCCCUGGCGGAAUGCGACCUUCUGCCCUGUUGCAUGCCCUCCCAAUAGUCAUUACAAUCCAUGCACCAGUGCUUGUCCAGCAACCUGCAUUGACCCUCUUGCAUCAAAGAACUGCAGCCGACCUUGUCUAGAAGGAUGUGAAUGCAGCAAUGGUUUUGUCAUCAGUGGUGGAGAGUGUGUAUCCAUGAGCAACUGUGGAUGCCUUCAGAAUGGCAGAUAUUAUGAGAAAGGAGAAGCCUUUUGGCAAACAGACUGUGCAGGCCAAUGUAUAUGCGCUGGAAAUGGCACUGUAGUUUGCAAUUCAGACGCUUGUGAAGUAAACGAAGUUUGCAAGGUGCAGAAUGGACUCCUGGGAUGUUAUCCAUUGAAUCCCAGCACCUGCCACAUAUUUGGGGAUCCACAUUAUAUAACCUUUGAUGGGAGACUCUAUCAUUUCCAAGGAGACUGCAAUUAUACUGUCAUUGAGACAUGCACAAAUUCUUCUGAAAGGUUUUCAGUGACAACCAGAAAUGAACAUAGAGGAAACCCGAACUGGACUGCCUUGAACUCAGUUGCUGUCACACUGAAAAAUCUUCAUAUUGUUUUGCAGAAAAAUAAAGAAACCUAUGUGAAUGGAGUUCGGGUUUAUCUUCCUGUGGAUUUGAAUCAUGGAGCCAGAGUAGCUAUAAAAGGACAUUAUGUGGUCAUUGAUACCUCUGUAGGGAUACAGGUUAAGUUUGAUGGUGACCAGGAGCUUUUCAUUCUGGCUGACGAAAGCCUCAAAGGACAGCUGUGUGGUCUGUGUGGGACAUUCAAUGACAACCAACUGGAUGAUUUUCUAAGACCAGAUAAAGUCAUAGAACAGGAUCCAAAUAAAUUUGGUGACAGCUGGUUAGUGAAGGAUGACAACAGGACGUGUAGUCCAGUUGCAGUUGUACCGCCUACUUGUGACACAGCAAAAGAGAAAGAAUAUGAAGAACUCUGCAAAACUAUUUUGAAAAAUAGUGGGCCUUUUCAGGUCUGCCAUUGGUACAUUCCCCCACAGCUGUACUUUGAGAGCUGUGUCUAUGACAUGUGUGCUACAGAGGGGAAUUCUGAUCAGUUUUGCCAGAUUUUAGAGGCAUAUGCUGCUGCUUGUGAACUUAGAGGUGUAAAUCUGGGUGAAUGGAAGAAAGAUACCAUCUGUGCUGCACCAACAGCCUGCAAUAUGUCCUGCACAUUUGAUGUCGACUUCUGUGAGUGGGAACAGGCUACCAGUGACAACUUUGACUGGACAAGGCACAAGGGGCCAACACCCACACCAAAUACUGGCCCUUCCCAUGACCACACAACUGGAGAGGGCUACUAUAUCUACCUGCAAGGAAGUAAACAAGAACCGGGUGAGGUAGCACAAUUGGUCAGUCCAGUGUGCAGUUCAGAAGGACCACACUGCUUCCGCUUCUGGUAUCACAUGUACGGAGAGGCUGAAGCAAUGGCUCUGCGGGUGUAUGUAGUUAACAAUGAAACAUCAACACUGGAAUGGAAAGAGGCUGGAAACAAAGGGGACAGAUGGAAGGUGUCCUCUUCCUUCUACAACAUCGACCCCAUUGCCAGGCACCACAACACAGACAACACAAGGAACACAACCACCACCACCACCACCUGUCUCGUCUUUCCACUGCCAGGGACCUGUGUGGUAGAAGGAGACCCUCACUACCACACGUUUGACAAUCAGCUGCACCACUUCAUGGGCACCUGCACUUACACCCUCUCUAAGCUGUGCGAGAGCAACAGUUCUCUGCCCUACUUCAACGUGGAAGCAGCCAACGAGCACAGGGGAGACAACAUUCGCGUGUCCUACGUCCAAUAUGUGGAUGUCGAUGUGGCUGGCCAGCGGAUAAGGCUGGGGAAGGGUGGUUCGGUGACGGUCAAUGGAGUGGCAGAGGUCCUGCCUUGCACCCCAUCCGCAGGUGUGCAGGUCUCGUCCAGCGGGUUCUACACUGUGGUCACAACAGACUUUGGCUUGAAAGUGAAGUUUGAUGGGAGCCAUCGGGUGGAGGUGACGCUUCCGAGCACCUUUGGGCAGAAGGUGUGUGGCAUGUGUGGCAACUUCAACGGGAUGGCAUCAGAUGACUUCCUGAACCCGGAAGGGGUGCUGGAGCCAGACUCCACCAGCCUGGGCAACAGCUGGCAGGUGUCCAACGACAGCAGCUGCUCAGCCGGACCACUCCCCACCCCAGCCUGCAGUGAGACAGACAAGCAAGUCAUAGCCAGCAGCCACUUCUGUGGGCUCCUCACCGACACCGGCGGCCCGUUCCAGAUGUGCCACGCUGUGCUGAGCCCCAGCAGUUACUUUGACACCUGCUCUUAUGACCUGUGCGAGCUGGAGCUGGACCACGAAGCCCUGUGCAAGAGCUUGCAGUCCUACGCGGAUGCCUGCCAGUCGCUUGGUGUCAAGAUACCUGUGUGGAGGAACGCAACCUUCUGCCCUGUCACCUGUCCAGCCAACAGUCACUACGAGCCGUGUGCUGCAGCCUGCCCUGCCACCUGUGUUGAUCCCAUGGCUCCUGCUAGCUGCAGCCUGCCGUGUGUGGAGGGCUGUGUGUGCGACAGCGGGUACCUGCUCUACAAUGACCAGUGCGUGGCCAGCCAGCAGUGUGGGUGCUGGCACAACGGGCAGCACUACCCCGUGGGCUCUGAGUUCUGGACAGACAACACCUGCUCGUCAAAGUGCACGUGUCCCGCGCGGGGAAGCAAAGUCCAGUGCUUUAACGCCUCAUGCCCUGCGGGCCAGUUCUGUGGGGUGCAGGAUGGGAGACCUGAGUGCCUCGAGCAAUCCUACGGCAUCUGCCAUGUCCACGGUGACCCUCACUACAACACCUUUGACAAGGUGACGCACAACUUCAUGGGCAACUGCACCUACACCCUGGCCAAAGUGUGCUCCAACACCACCUCCCUGCCCUACUUCAACGUUGAGGCCAAGAACGAGCAUCGUGGGAACACCAGAGUGUCCUAUGUGCGCGAAGUCCUGGUUGAGGUGUACGGAGAGCGCAUUGCCAUUGUCAAGAAGGAGAAGAGCCAAGUGCUGGUGAACAAUGUGCGCCAGACCUUGCCGGUGAGUGCAGCGGGAGGUGCCAUCACGGUGAGCAGGAGUGGCCGCUACAUUGUCCUGGAGACAGACUUCGACCUCAGAGUGUCCUACGACACUGACCACUCGGUGGAGGUGAAGGUGCCCACCACCUACUUCAACCUGACCUGUGGCAUGUGUGGGAACUUCAACAACCGUAGGGAGGACGAUUACAUGAUGCCCAACGGGCAGCAAGCCGCAGACUCCAAUGAGCUGGGGGAGAGCUGGCAGGUCCCAGAGAGUGACUCACCUUGCGGUGUCCCCGACCCCUCCCCACCCUGCAGUGCAGAAGAGGAGAAGCUCUACGGAUCGGACCAGUUCUGUGGCAUGCUGACCGCCAGUCCUGGCUCUUUUGAGAAGUGCCACGCUGUGAUCAACCCGCAGAGCUACUUUGAGACCUGCUUCUAUGACCUGUGUGCCCUGAAUGGUGGCCAGGAGGUGCUGUGUGCUGCUCUGGAGGCCUACGCUGACGCCUGCCAAGCAGCCGGUGUGACUCUUCUUCCCUGGCGGAAUGCGACCUUCUGCCCCCUGCUGUGCCCCGACAACAGCUACUAUGACCCUUGCAUGACUGGCUGUCCUGCCACCUGUGUUGACCGACAAGCCCCGCAGAACUGCUCCAAGCCCUGCAUGGAGGGCUGCGCAUGUACCUCUGGCUUCCUUCUCAGCGGAGACACGUGUGUGCCCGAGGCCCACUGUGGCUGCCUCUUUGAGGGCAACUACUACAGCGAAGGCGAGUACUCUGUGAGCGAGGACUGUGAUCGCCAGUGCCGCUGUGAAGCCAAGGGCCAGAUGGUUUGCUCUCCGUUGUCCUGUGGUGAGGAUGAGGUCUGCAAGAUCCAGGACGGCCAGAGGGGCUGCUACCCAGCCAGCACCGCUCUCUGCCACAUCUACGGCGACCCGCAUUACAGCACCUUCGAUGGGAAGCUUCACCACUUCCAGGGCUCUUGCAACUACACAGUGGUGACAGGCUGUGACAACUCCUCCGCUGGGUUCAGUGUCACCACCCGCAACGAACAUCGUGGCAGCCUGAGCUGGACAGCUCUGAACUCGGUGGCACUGUCCAUGGAAGGCCUCCACAUUGCCCUGCGUGAGAACAAGGCGGUCUACAUCAAUGGUGCUCUGGCCUCCCUGCCUGCUUCUCCUGCCCCCGGUGUAAACAUUUCCCUGAGUGGCUCCUACGUGUGGGUUUCUACCGAGCUGGGCCUGCAGCUGCUGUUCAAUGGGGAUGAUGAGCUCCUAGUGAAGGUGUCUGAGAAGCACAAGGGCAAGCUGUGUGGGCUGUGUGGGACGUACACUGGGAACCAGCAAGAUGACUUCAUGCGACCUGAUGGGGUUGUCGUGCCUGACUUCAAUGACUUUGGGGCCAGCUGGAUGGUGCCGGAUGAUGAAUGGCCGUGCGACCCAGCCAUCAACCCGCCCCCGUCCUGCUCCCCCUCUGAGGAGGAGGCAGCUAACAAGCAGUGUGCAAUCCUCACGCAACUUGGUGGCCCGUUCCAGCCAUGCCAUGCAGUUGUACCACCCAAGACGUACUUUGAGAGCUGUGUCUAUGACCAGUGUGCCACGGGCGGCAGCACUGAGCAGCUCUGCAAUGACUUGGAGGCCUAUGCUGCAGCGUGUGCCGAGGCAGGCGUUGCCCUGGGAGACUGGAGUGCUGGCACUGUCUGUGCAGCUCCUACAACCUCGUCCCCGUUGCCAGGCACCUCAACGCGGCCUCCACAUACAACAAUAUCACCAGCGCCUGGGACGAGCACAGCUCCCACAGCAGACUGCAAUUUUGAUUGCACAUUCGACAACGACUUCUGCGAGUGGGUCCAGGCAGAUUACAGCAGCAUUGACUGGAUGAGGAACAAGGGUCCGACACCCACGCAAGAUACGGGUCCGUCCUCUGACCACACGACGGGAGACGGCUACUACAUCUACCUGCAAGGGAGCAAUGCCCUCCCUGGCUUUGUGGCUCAGCUGGUCAGUCCGGUGUGCAGUUCAGAAGGACCACACUGCUUCCGCUUCUGGUAUCACAUGUACGGAGCGGCUGAAACAAUGGCCCUGCGGGUGUACGUGGUUAAGGACGAAGACCUAGAGCUGGUCUGGAGCAGCGUUGGGAACCAUGGGGACAGAUGGAACAUGGGAGAGGUCACAGUGCACAGCACAGGAAACAUGCAGAUUGUCCUGGAGGGUGAAUGGGGUGAAAAUAUCCGCAGUGACGUAGCGUUGGAUGAUCUGUCCAUCGAAGAAGGAUCCUGCGAAGAUCCAUCGACACCAAAACCCACGCUCCCUUUGCCAGGAACUACAACACAGCCUCCACGCACGCCGUCACCACCAAGACCCACACCGAGUUCAGGUCCAUCCACCGGAGAACCUGGGACCACCUUGCCAAACACAACUCAGCUUCCUCACACACCAAGACCCACACCAAGCUCAGGUCCAUCCACCGGAGAACCUGGAACCGCCUUGCCUAGCACAACACAGCCUCCUCAUACAUCAAGACCCACACCAAGCUCAGGUCCAUCCACCGGAGAACCUGGGACUGCCUUGCCAAGCACAACACAACCUCCUCAUACACCAAGACCCACACCAAGCUCAGGGACCUGUGUGGUAGAAGGAGACCCUCACUACCACACGUUUGACAAUCAGCUGCACCACUUCAUGGGCACCUGCACUUACACCCUCUCUAAGCUGUGCGAGAGCAACAGUUCUCUGCCCUACUUCAACGUGGAAGCAGCCAACGAGCACAGGGGAGACAACAUUCGCGUGUCCUACGUCCAAUAUGUGGAUGUCGAUGUGGCUGGCCAGCGGAUAAGGCUGGGGAAGGGUGGUUCGGUGACGGUCAAUGGAGUGGCAGAGGUCCUGCCUUGCACCCCAUCCGCAGGUGUGCAGGUCUCGUCCAGCGGGUUCUACACUGUGGUCACAACAGACUUUGGCUUGAAAGUGAAGUUUGAUGGGAGCCAUCGGGUGGAGGUGACGCUUCCGAGCACCUUUGGGCAGAAGGUGUGUGGCAUGUGUGGCAACUUCAACGGGAUGGCAUCAGAUGACUUCCUGAACCCGGAAGGGGUGCUGGAGCCAGACUCCACCAGCCUGGGCAACAGCUGGCAGGUGUCCAACGACAGCAGCUGCUCAGCCGGACCACUCCCCACCCCAGCCUGCAGUGAGACAGACAAGCAAGUCAUAGCCAGCAGCCACUUCUGUGGGCUCCUCACCGACACCGGCGGCCCGUUCCAGAUGUGCCACGCUGUGCUGAGCCCCAGCAGUUACUUUGACACCUGCUCUUAUGACCUGUGCGAGCUGGAGCUGGACCACGAAGCCCUGUGCAAGAGCUUGCAGUCCUACGCGGAUGCCUGCCAGUCGCUUGGUGUCAAGAUACCUGUGUGGAGGAACGCAACCUUCUGCCCUGUCACCUGUCCAGCCAACAGUCACUACGAGCCGUGUGCUGCAGCCUGCCCUGCCACCUGUGUUGAUCCCAUGGCUCCUGCUAGCUGCAGCCUGCCGUGUGUGGAGGGCUGUGUGUGCGACAGCGGGUACCUGCUCUACAAUGACCAGUGCGUGGCCAGCCAGCAGUGUGGGUGCUGGCACAACGGGCAGCACUACCCCGUGGGCUCUGAGUUCUGGACAGACAACACCUGCUCGUCAAAGUGCACGUGUCCCGCGCGGGGAAGCAAAGUCCAGUGCUUUAACGCCUCAUGCCCUGCGGGCCAGUUCUGUGGGGUGCAGGAUGGGAGACCUGAGUGCCUCGAGCAAUCCUACGGCAUCUGCCAUGUCCACGGUGACCCUCACUACAACACCUUUGACAAGGUGACGCACAACUUCAUGGGCAACUGCACCUACACCCUGGCCAAAGUGUGCUCCAACACCACCUCCCUGCCCUACUUCAACGUUGAGGCCAAGAACGAGCAUCGUGGGAACACCAGAGUGUCCUAUGUGCGCGAAGUCCUGGUUGAGGUGUACGGAGAGCGCAUUGCCAUUGUCAAGAAGGAGAAGAGCCAAGUGCUGGUGAACAAUGUGCGCCAGACCUUGCCGGUGAGUGCAGCGGGAGGUGCCAUCACGGUGAGCAGGAGUGGCCGCUACAUUGUCCUGGAGACAGACUUCGACCUCAGAGUGUCCUACGACACUGACCACUCGGUGGAGGUGAAGGUGCCCACCACCUACUUCAACCUGACCUGUGGCAUGUGUGGGAACUUCAACAACCGUAGGGAGGACGAUUACAUGAUGCCCAACGGGCAGCAAGCCGCAGACUCCAAUGAGCUGGGGGAGAGCUGGCAGGUCCCAGAGAGUGACUCACCUUGCGGUGUCCCCGACCCCUCCCCACCCUGCAGUGCAGAAGAGGAGAAGCUCUACGGAUCGGACCAGUUCUGUGGCAUGCUGACCGCCAGUCCUGGCUCUUUUGAGAAGUGCCACGCUGUGAUCAACCCGCAGAGCUACUUUGAGACCUGCUUCUAUGACCUGUGUGCCCUGAAUGGUGGCCAGGAGGUGCUGUGUGCUGCUCUGGAGGCCUACGCUGACGCCUGCCAAGCAGCCGGUGUGACUCUUCUUCCCUGGCGGAAUGCGACCUUCUGCCCCCUGCUGUGCCCCGACAACAGCUACUAUGACCCUUGCAUGACUGGCUGUCCUGCCACCUGUGUUGACCGACAAGCCCCGCAGAACUGCUCCAAGCCCUGCAUGGAGGGCUGCGCAUGUACCUCUGGCUUCCUUCUCAGCGGAGACACGUGUGUGCCCGAGGCCCACUGUGGCUGCCUCUUUGAGGGCAACUACUACAGCGAAGGCGAGUACUCUGUGAGCGAGGACUGUGAUCGCCAGUGCCGCUGUGAAGCCAAGGGCCAGAUGGUUUGCUCUCCGUUGUCCUGUGGUGAGGAUGAGGUCUGCAAGAUCCAGGACGGCCAGAGGGGCUGCUACCCAGCCAGCACCGCUCUCUGCCACAUCUACGGCGACCCGCAUUACAGCACCUUCGAUGGGAAGCUUCACCACUUCCAGGGCUCUUGCAACUACACAGUGGUGACAGGCUGUGACAACUCCUCCGCUGGGUUCAGUGUCACCACCCGCAACGAACAUCGUGGCAGCCUGAGCUGGACAGCUCUGAACUCGGUGGCACUGUCCAUGGAAGGCCUCCACAUUGCCCUGCGUGAGAACAAGGCGGUCUACAUCAAUGGUGCUCUGGCCUCCCUGCCUGCUUCUCCUGCCCCCGGUGUAAACAUUUCCCUGAGUGGCUCCUACGUGUGGGUUUCUACCGAGCUGGGCCUGCAGCUGCUGUUCAAUGGGGAUGAUGAGCUCCUAGUGAAGGUGUCUGAGAAGCACAAGGGCAAGCUGUGUGGGCUGUGUGGGACGUACACUGGGAACCAGCAAGAUGACUUCAUGCGACCUGAUGGGGUUGUCGUGCCUGACUUCAAUGACUUUGGGGCCAGCUGGAUGGUGCCGGAUGAUGAAUGGCCGUGCGACCCAGCCAUCAACCCGCCCCCGUCCUGCUCCCCCUCUGAGGAGGAGGCAGCUAACAAGCAGUGUGCAAUCCUCACGCAACUUGGUGGCCCGUUCCAGCCAUGCCAUGCAGUUGUACCACCCAAGACGUACUUUGAGAGCUGUGUCUAUGACCAGUGUGCCACGGGCGGCAGCACUGAGCAGCUCUGCAAUGACUUGGAGGCCUAUGCUGCAGCGUGUGCCGAGGCAGGCGUUGCCCUGGGAGACUGGAGUGCUGGCACUGUCUGUGCAGCUCCUACAACCUCGUCCCCGUUGCCAGGCACCUCAACGCGGCCUCCACAUACAACAAUAUCACCAGCGCCUGGGACGAGCACAGCUCCCACAGCAGACUGCAAUUUUGAUUGCACAUUCGACAACGACUUCUGCGAGUGGGUCCAGGCAGAUUACAGCAGCAUUGACUGGAUGAGGAACAAGGGUCCGACACCCACGCAAGAUACGGGUCCGUCCUCUGACCACACGACGGGAGACGGCUACUACAUCUACCUGCAAGGGAGCAAUGCCCUCCCUGGCUUUGUGGCUCAGCUGGUCAGUCCGGUGUGCAGUUCAGAAGGACCACACUGCUUCCGCUUCUGGUAUCACAUGUACGGAGCGGCUGAAACAAUGGCCCUGCGGGUGUACGUGGUUAAGGACGAAGACCUAGAGCUGGUCUGGAGCAGCGUUGGGAACCAUGGGGACAGAUGGAACAUGGGAGAGGUCACAGUGCACAGCACAGGAAACAUGCAGAUUGUCCUGGAGGGUGAAUGGGGUGAAAAUAUCCGCAGUGACGUAGCGUUGGAUGAUCUGUCCAUCGAAGAAGGAUCCUGCGAAGAUCCAUCGACACCAAAACCCACGCUCCCUUUGCCAGGAACUACAACACAGCCUCCACGCACGCCGUCACCACCAAGACCCACACCGAGUUCAGGUCCAUCCACCGGAGAACCUGGGACUGCCUUGCCAAGCACAACACAACCUCCUCAUACACCAAGACCCACACCAAGCUCAGGUCCAUCCACCGGAGAAUCUGGAACCGCCUUGCCUAGCACAACACAGCCUUCUCAUACAUCAAGACCCACACCAAGCUCAGGUCCAUCCACCGGAGAACCUGGGACUGCCUUGCCAAGCACAACACAACCUCCUCACACACCAAGACCCACACCAAGCUCAGGUCCAUCCACCGGAGAACCUGAGACUGCCUUGCCUAGCACAACACAACCUCCUCAUACAUCAAGACCCACACCAAGCUCAGGCCGUGCUUUCUGCAGUGCCUCUGGGGAUCCACAUUAUAACACUUUUGACCACAGAGUUCAUAAUUUCAUGGGAAAUUGCACUUACACCCUCUCCAAAGUGUGCAACAUCUCUGAGGGGCUUCCAUACUUUGAUGUAUCCACAACGAAUGAACACAGAGGAGCCAACACCAAAGUCUCUUAUGUGAAGUCAGUGCAAGUGGAAGUCUAUGGCAACCAUAUAUCUUUGCUGAAAACCAGGAAAGUGAAUGUGAAUGGCAGCAGGAUGAACUUGCCUGUAUAUAUUGAAAAGAAGAUCAGUAUUCAAAGCACUGGUGGAUAUGUUCUCUUGGAAACUGACUUUGGACUGUGGGUGAGAUAUGAUGGAAAUCACUACGCAGAAAUCUCUGUGCCUUCUGAUUACAGUGGUCUGCUCUGUGGCCUCUGUGGUAAUUAUAAUGGUGAUCCAAAUGAUGACAACAGAAAGCCCAAUGGUGACAUUGCAAGUGGUUCCACUGAUCUUGGACAAAGCUGGCUUGUGCCUGAGAAUAACACCAUAUGCUCCAGUGGAACAAACCAGCAGUGUGAUCCUGUGCUGGAGAGUGAAGCAAAGAAGAACACAGCAUGUGGCAUGAUCACAGACCCAACAGGAAUCUUCAAGGACUGUCAUUCCAGAGUGCUUCCAGAUAAUUUCUUUGACAACUGUGUUUAUGACAUGUGUUUCACUGAUGGACAGGCAACAUCCUUAUGCUAUGGACUGCAGGCCUAUGCUGAGUCAUGUAUCAAUGCUGGGAUUUGCAUAGAGUGGAGGAAUGCUACACUUUGCCCAAUGUCCUGUUCUGGAGGCAGCAUCUACAAGAGCUGCGGUACUAGGUGUCCCUCUACCUGUUUGAACAUCUCAGCAGCUGAUUCAUGCAGUUCCUUGCCAGUGGAAGGUUGCUUCUGUAAGGAAGGCUAUGUUUUGAGUGGAGACAAAUGUGUGCCAGAAAACAGCUGCGGUUGUGUUGAUGAAAAAAACCGGUAUCAUCAGCUGGAUGAAAGCUGGUUUACCAGUUAUCCCUGCACUGAACGCUGCACCUGCAAGGCUAAUAACACCAUCAAAUGCACAUCCUGGGAGUGUGGAGUCCAAGAGGAAUGCAGUAUUCAGGAUGGAGUACUGGGAUGUCAUUCCAAUGGCCAAGCAACAUGUCAAGUGGCAGGAGAUCCCCACUAUUUCACUUUUGAUGGAAUGAUGUACACUUUUGUGGGUACCUGCACCUACACCUUGGUUGAAGUUGUCAACACCAACAGUGUUAUUCCUAUAACCAUCCUUGGCAAGAAUGAAGACAGAGGACUAAGAGGGGCCACAUACCUGAAAGAAGUCUACAUAGAUGUGUAUGGUGUACGAAUCACCCUUCAGAAAAACCAAGGAAUCCUGCUGAACAAUGAGAGAGUCUACACUCCAUUGGAGAACCGGUUGCAAGGCGUGUCCAUUGGAAAUGUUGGCAGAUUUAUAGUAGUGGAAACUGACUUUGGUGUGAUAGUAAAAUAUGAUGGCAAUCACUACCUGGAAAUCACUCUCCCACAGUCUUAUUUCUCAAAGGUACAUGGCAUGUGUGGUAAUUUCAAUGAUAAUCGUGAAGAUGAUCUGUCCUUGCCCAAUGGUACACUCGUCAGUGUCCCACAGUUUGGAAAUAGCUGGGAAGUGGAGGAAGACAGUGAUGAAGGUUGUUUAUCAGACUUAAGAGAAGAUGAUGUUCCUCCUUGCAUUUCUGAGAGUAAACCAGUCAUUGAAAGCCAGUGCAAUGUCCUAAAAUCAGACAAUUUCAAAGCAUGUCACGAUCUAGUCAAGCCUGAAGACUUCAUACAGAUCUGCAUCUAUGACAUGUGCCAGUAUGAUGGCAUGAAGUCUGCCCUCUGUGACAUAGUUCAAGCCUAUGUAGACACCUGCAGGAAUCAUGGAAUCACCAUUAAAUGGAGGAAUAGCACGUUCUGUCCAUUGCCCUGUCCAUCCCACAGCCAUUACACAGACUGUGUCUCCCUGUGCCCAUCAACAUGCAACGACAUUUUUGCUUCUUCCCUUUGUGAGAAGACAGAAGAGUGCACAGAGGGCUGUGAAUGUGAUGAUAACUAUGUACUCAGUAGUGACAAGUGUGUACCUCUGAGCAAUUGUGGCUGCAGGGAUGAUGACGACAAUUACUACACUGCUGGGGAGACCUGGAUAACUCCACACUGCACCAAAAGAUGCACAUGUCAGAAGAAUGGUGUCAUUAGAUGUGACAACUAUACCUGUGAUUCUAAAGAAAUCUGCGUGAUCAAAAAUGGAAAACACAAGUGCAACCCAACAGGUUUUGGGAAAUGCCAGAUCAUGGGCGAUCCACACUACAUCACCUUUGAUGGUCUAGUGCACCACUUUCAAGGGAAAUACACAUAUAUUCUGGUUCAGACCAUCCCUGACCUACCUGAUACCCUGACGCAGUUCAGCAUUGAAGGCAUGAACUAUCCUUUUCAUCGAAGUCGACACAUUACUAACCUGAAGGAGAUUCUUGUCAAUGUUUACAAUCACACAGUGCGAUUCAGGCAGAACAAGCAGCUUGUGUUGGAUGGUGUAAGAGUGAUACCACCUGCUCAUCCUCAUGAAGGUAUUCGUAUAUAUCAGAGGACAACAAGAAUUUACCUGGAAACAGAUUUUGGCUUAUACGUGAGCUUCGAUGGCAAUCAAAAUGCAGAUAUAAAGCUGGCCAACACCUACAGCAACAGAGUGGAAGGCUUGUGCGGUGACUUUGAUGGAAGAUAUAAAAAUGACUUCACAAAACCAGAUGGUGUUUGGGUGAAGAACGUAAAUACAUUUGGUGAGAGCUGGAAAGUUCCCGUGACAAGAACAACCUCUCGCCUCAGGCGAGAUGUCAACUCAGAAGAUGAGUCUGAGGAGGAACCAGAUCCAGGGCUCUUCCAAGGCUGCAGUGAAAAUAAGCUGGGACAAGAAAACAGAACUUCGAGAUGUCAUAUCCUGAUUGACUCGAAUGGUCCUUUUGUAAACUGUCACUCCAUGGUCUCACCAGAUUUCUAUUUCACGAGCUGCCUGUUUGAUAUGUGUGUGGAAGGAGAUGAGGAUGCUACCUUAUGUCGCAGUCUGGAGGAGUAUGUGCUGACUUGUCAGCUGCAAGGAGUCAGUAUGGAAGGCUGGAGGCAACAGACAGAUUGUGGUAUAUCAUGUCCUGCCAACAGCAACUACAGCUCAUGCAUGUCUGCAUGCCCAGCAUCCUGCAGUGACUUGACCAGCCCCUCUGAGUGUGAAUCACCUUGUCUUGAGGGCUGUGAAUGUCUCCCUGGCUAUGUUCUUAGUGGUUUUGAUUGUGUGCCUUACAGGCAAUGUGGCUGCACAUACCUUGACAAAUAUUAUGAGAUUGGAGAAAUAUUCACCACUGAUGACUGCUCUCAGAGAUGCCAGUGCACAGAAAGCUCCACUGUCUUCUGCUCAAACAUAGUGUGUGGAUCUGAUGAAAUCUGUGGCAUUUCAAAUUACAGUCGUGGAUGCUACAGGAGUGGACCAUGUAUGCCAAAUCCUUGUAAAAAUGAUGGAGUUUGCUCUGAAACUACUGACAGCACCUCUCUCUCCUUCCACUGUGAAUGUUCAGAACUGUACACAGGACAAACCUGCGAGGCAGAAAAGAGGGUCUCUGCCACAGAGGAUCCCGAGAACCACACGGUUGCCAUAGUCAUUGGAAUUGUGGCAGGUGUAGUUGUUGUCACCAUUCUCAUCUCCUCUGCAGUGUACCUGUACAGAAGGAAAAGAAAGAUGGAUACACAUGAGAUAUCAAGGAAUUCUUUGAAACAGCCCGGGAAUGUACUGGAUGACAGAGUACAUGAGCACAAUUAUGGCUGCAUUGUGAACAAUGCAUUUGAUCAAAAUGAAUCCCAAACUACGUACCUAUAGUUAGCAAUACUUUUCCAAUUAAUUUGUAUUACUUUCUGCUCUUGUAUUUUAAUAGUAUUUCUAAUAUUUUGAGAAUAAAUAAAUCAUUGCAUUUGCUGAAAA